AGACCUAAAUACAUUAAUAUGGUGAUUUCUUUUAAUCCCAGCACUACUGCCGUAUGUCUAGUGUAUAUUUUUCUUUUGUAUACUAAAUAGGAGCCUCAAUCCAAGCGCGACAGGCGGCUAUUCCACGUGACCCCCGGUCACGGGUCCCACCGCAGCUUUUUGAAUUCCCAGAAAAGAACCUCCAACAAGAAAGCCGGUCCAUUCGACGACAGACGCACCAUCACGAUGCCCCGUCAUUCCGUGACACGGCUCGCUCGCCAGGUUGGGGGCCUUCCGCUGGCCGAAUUGCCCCCUCCGUAUCUUGCGCCGUCCCUCCAUUUCUCGCUCAUCCGAUCACCCGUUCAAUCCUCCAACUUCUCGUCCACCGCGGUUGUCGCUGGCCAUGGCCGGGAUCUCAGCAAGACCCGCGGAGUCUCUGCCAUCCACCGAAGCGGUCCCAAGUUUAAAUUGGGCGUGUCGAAAUACCCAUUGCCGAAGCCUGUGUCUCCCGAAUCGUUGGAACGCCGUCACCCUACACCCGACCAUGGACUGUGGGGUUUCUUCCCCAAGGGCAAAGAGGCAUUGAGCUCGCCGGAAUACGAUACCGCUCAUGGCCGGCCUUGGUCCAUCCAGGAACUCCGCGAAAAGUCCUGGGAUGAUCUCCACAGACUCUGGUGGGUUUGUGUUAAGGAACGCAACCGCAUAGCCACCUCCAACUUGGAGCGUCAGCGAGUGAAGGCUGGAUACGGAGAAUAUGAAUCAGAAGAACGGGAGCGAGUGGUCCGUGUCACCCAGAAAUCCAUUAAGCACGUUCUGCGGGAGCGAUGGUACGCCUGGGAGGACGCACAGAAGCUUUACAAGCAGGGUUACCGGCCCCAAGAGGAUACCCAGGAAUAAGCAAAGAGUGACAUGAAGGUUCCUCGGCCCCGUAUAGCUCUCCACAACAGCACCCUCCCUGUCUCGGAAAGUCUAUCAACUGGUCCCGAAUGUAAUAUUAUCAUGGAUUGCCCAUUUUUAUGUACUGCUACGUUUUAUAUUAUUUUAUUUUGAUUUUGGAUCAAUGCCCUGUCCGAUAGAACAAUGGAAAAAGGACGGCACUACGACGCAUAGACACCCCCAUGUCUAGUAAAGCGCCGGAACUAGCUGUCAAUAAUGAUGCAUAUCAAUAUGAAACUGGCCGUCUAGAAACAGGAGAGAAAGAAAAGGGGUUUUGGAAAUUCAGGAG